AUGUCUAAAGUGAAGAAUCUAAUUGCCAAAAUUCUGCAGCGACGCGGCAAGUGCAACGUCAGCAGCAGCAGCGGGCACAGCAACAACAACAACAUCAGCCGCUGCCAGCACUAUGAGAGUCUAGAGGAGAUUGCGCAAAAUCAGGCCAACGAACGCAUGCUGCAGCAGACGGCAAUGGGCACACAUCAAUUGCUCUUUUGCCUGGAAACCGCAGACGGCAGCUUUUAUUGGCAUGCACAGUAG